UCUCCUGGUCUUUUCCUGUCCAUCCACUGUUGCCUGAAUGCCUGUAGAUGUUUAUGUUUUGUUGUGUGUGGGUGUGUUGCUGUCUGUGUUUUCCUGUCUGAUAGCGCUGGUGUCUGACCAUCCCUGUCCCGUCUUUGCGCAGCAUAAGCUGAAGUCUUCGCAGAGGGACAAGGUACGGCAGUUCAUGUCCUUUACACAGGCUGGGGAGAAGACAGCCGUGUACUGCCUCACACAGAAUGACUGGAAACUAGAAGUCGCGACAGAUAACUACUUUCAAAAUCCAGAGCUUUACUGUAAGGAAUCCAUGAAAACGUCGGUGGACCGGAAAAAGCUGGAACAACUUUACAAUCGCUAUAAAGAUCCCCAGGAUGAGAAUAAGAUUGGUAUUGAUGGGAUCCAGCAGUUUUGUGAUGACCUCUCGCUGGAUCCGGCGAGCAUCACUGUGCUGGUCGUUGCGUGGAAGUUUCAUGCCGCCACUCAGUGCGAGUUCACCAAGAAGGAGUUUAUGGAUGGAAUGACGGAGCUAGGGUGUGACAGUCCUGAAAAACUGAAAGCUAUUUUGCCAAGAUUAGAGCAGGAGCUUAAAGACAGCGGGAAGUUUAAAGACUUCUACCAAUUCACUUUUAAUUUUGCCAAAAAUCCCGGACAGAAGGGACUUGAUUUAGAGAUGGCUGUAGCCUACUGGAACCUGGUUCUUUCAGGACGAUUUAAGUUCCUGGAUCUUUGGAAUAGAUUUCUUUUGGAACAUCAUAAACGAUCCAUCCCAAAGGAUACGUGGAACUUAUUGUUGGACUUUGGUAACAUGAUUGCAGACGACAUGUCAAACUAUGAUGAGGAAGGUGCGUGGCCUGUCCUUAUAGAUGAUUUUGUGGAAUUUGCUCGACCGAUYGUUACAGGAUCAAAACGUAAAACUCUCUAAAUCCAGUCCCAACUCUGGAACACCAGAACAUUGAUUCUUUUACAGCGACUUCAUAGUUUUUCUUUUCUUUUUGUUCUUUUUUUGUUUUGAUUUUUGUUUCUUUUCUUUUUUUUUAACUUGUACAAUAAAAAGUGAAAACUGUAGACUUCAGACAGGAAACAGAAGCACUUGAAACUGUCAGGAGGCCGUCGUUCAGGGAGCUGGGGUGGGGGAGAAAAUAAACUGCGAGAACACCUGGCCACGUUUUCUGUCCUCUUGAGUCUGAGGCAUCGUAUGGACAUCGCCAGAUUCUCGGUACCCUGGACGCCCACCCCUCGCCCUCCCCUUCACCCCUGCGCUCUGCUCCAGGAGGAACACACAAAAAAAAGRGGGUGGUGGCGUGGAACCCGGCUCUGAGAGGAGGUUCACUUGCUGCGUCUGCUCUGAAUGGACUGGACAGAGGAAAGCUGUGUGUUUUUAAGAUUCUUCCUAGUCAUCUUUGAUUAAUCGAAGCUCUGAGUGACUGUGCAAACAUCCCAUGUCUUACUUCAACCUCGGGACAGAGUGCUCACGACACCAGCACCAACAGAACUGUUGCAGUUUUUAACUGUACAUACUGUAUCUAAAUGGGACAGUUUACAAAGAGAGCUAUAAGAAGAAUAAUAUAAAUAUGUUCAGUUUAUAAAUGCAAAAAGAUGAUUGUUUUAUGUACAGUAAAUGCUAAGCUCUCUAAUGGGGAUGCCUCAAUAUCGUGGAUGAAAUGCUGUUGGUUUAAUUGUUUGGUGGAGUUGUGAGCAUCUCAUCGAAAGCAUGUUAAAACUCGUUUUACGUCACCUCGGACUGGUUUCAGAAAUCCACUUUCACUGAACGACAGGCCGUGCUUUAAUUUAGCUAAUCGAUAUUGAUUUGUUGUACUCAUUUGUCUGAAUAAUCUCAGUUGGGAGUGGUUGUAAAUGUAAUAUAGUAAAGUCAUUUCCACUGUUUCUUUAAAAAAAAUGUCUAGUAUUUUUUUAAUCAGGUAAUCCCCCCCCCCCCUUGAAGAUUUAUUUCCCCCACACACAAGUGACAGCAUUUAAUUCCACUUUAAAAUGAAAGCGAUGACCAAUUUUUGAGACUGCAUGGUGCACACGUGUAUGUUACAGCGGAGAGGAGUCGACAGCUCAGUCGGGACACUUGAAGUGGGUCAACAGAUGAAGCCUUAAGAUUAAAAACCUGUCUGUUUAAUAUUCACGCUUCUGUUCCACCCUGUCUGUUCAGUGUUACUGAAGGAAGCCAACGUCAGACUUUUACUGUUCAUACAUCAUGUAAGUAGCAUAAGUAUAUCGCUCAUCUGAGAAAGGUGAAUAAAGCAUGAGUUUUUCCAUAA